AUGGCCGAUGAGUCGACUCCCACAGAGUACAUAAAUGGGAUUAGACGAUGUAAGGUCUUAGAAGAGCCAAGGUCUCACACAUGGAGAGACAUUGCACUUUGGCAGGUCGUUUCUCGCAUAGGGCAGAAGUGCGAGGUUAAGAUGUCAUGA